UUUUUUUUUUUUAUUAUUUUUAUUAUUAUUAUUAUUAUUGACAAUACUAUAGACAAUUAUACAAUUAAAAAAUGAAUGCACCAGAUCGUUUUGAAUUAUUCGUUAUUCCAGAGGGAAAGAAAAAGGUGGAAAUGGAAAUUGAUACCAAAAUCCCUAAUGCUGCAACUUUUACAAUUGAACGUGAAGAUCAUACACUAGGAAAUAUUUUGAGAGGACAAUUAUUAAAAGAUCCUAGAGUUUUAUUUGCUGGUUAUAAAGUUCCUCAUCCUCUUGAACACAACUUUCUUAUUAAAGUACAAACUGUACCUGGUACAUCACCUGGAAAGGCAUUAAAGGACGCAACUUCAGAGCUUAUCUCAGAAAUCAAUACAUUAAAAAAUAAAUUUGAUAUGGAAGUCAUCCGUCAUCGUACUUUUGAAGAUGCAAAGCAGCCUCCAUCGGGUUAUGAUGUUGACAGUAUGGAACACCGUACAGGCAUGGAUGUUGAUUUUUAGAAAUUUAUAUAAAUAUAUAUAUAUAUAUU